AUGAAUGACAUUAAACGCCUAAAGGAUCAACAACGUGGAAAACAUCCUGGCUUUGAUGCCUACAUGGAAUGCAUGACCAGAUCAUUGUUUACCGGCUUAGCAUCAUUUUGUCUUGGAUUUUCCGGUUUUUAUUUUGCCCAAAAAAUCAUACAAUCUAAAGUACGUUAUCCACAACAAUACAAUAUACUGGCGUCCACAUUGGCUGCCACCGUGAUAGCCUACGAGGUGACAAGUACAAGAACGAAAUCGUGUCAAGCCGCUUGGAUGGCGGCAGAGGAUAAACAUACAAUACUUAAAGAAAAGGAAUUUUAAU